CGUCGAUCCCAGACACGUGCCGGGCUGCCGGCACCCAGACUUGGCAGAAAUGUGGGCCUACAUUUAGGGGUACACGCGUAACCCACGUAUGCCAAUAAGCUACUGUACGGUAAUAAGCCACUUCACGGGAUUAUCGUGAAAGACACGAGACGAGCUAGGCUAGCGAUACUCACCCUGUGGUUUGAGUAGUACGCAGGGCCGGACACAUGAUGAUAUGUUGCCUGCCUCUUCUCGAAGCUUAGCGUGUCUGACUAGGCAGUCGCGACUCCUGGAAGGAUUCCUUUACGCCUUGACAAUUAACAUGAUCCAGUUCCAUCUCGAAGUCACACUUGCUUUUUGUCUCAGGCUUGACAAUGCUGCGCUCUAAGAGACCAAAGGAACCCAACCCCCUCAAGAUAAUUAUCUUUGGUGAGGAGCUUGUCGGCAAGACAUGUUUUAUUGACAUGUUCCUCAAAGGCAAGCACUUUAUCAGUCAUGGUCCCGUCGACUCCGAACCACUUUCAAGAACCAUCUCGUAUGCAAACGAGACCUGGAGCUUUUCUUUCAUAGAUUUGAACCUCAACAGCGACAUCUCUCCCAGAUACCGCGAAGUCUUACAUACUUAUAUAGCCAGCGCGGAUGGCGUUGUUCUGUUAUACGAUGUUACGUCUCUGUUUUCCUUUGAUCACCUUAUCCAACAUACGUAUCUGCAGAUCUGGCAGUGUCGCAACACCGUAUUCAUCAAAGAUGGCGCAGAAGGGAGGAUGCAAGGAUUGAAGAAGAGGUUCGGGUGCGUGGUAGUUGGUAAUAAGAAGGACAUCAUCGACAGGGACGAAGGGAAGAGGCAAGUGAAGAAGGAAAUGGCAGACCAGUGGGCUUCAAGCCAGGGUUUCCGUCAUAUCGAAAUCAGUUCAAAUGAAAGGAAAGAGGUUGAGGAUGCUGUACAAGCCCUGGUGGACAGUGUGCAGAGGGCACGGAGGAUGGAUGCGAAAGAUAUUAGAGACAGCAAGAGCGACGUGAAGGGGUGGAGCAAGAAGAUUGGGAAACAUGUCAUCAAUGGGUAAUUCAAAGCUUUCGCAGAAGAGUACUAUCAGAUCUUUUAUCAAGCAUACUUCGGACCAGAGGAGCUAUACGAUUUCAAAUACCACUGCAGACCCAUGACGUAGCAUCGGGCUUAUCUCC